CUGGAUUCAGCUAUUAGUGCGUUUUACAACUUUUAAGACCUCCAUAAGGACUAUUAGAGUGUUCAUACUGGGGAGUUGAUUCACCUUAAAAUAGAUUAUCCUCUGAGUUACAGACAUCUCUUUCCCAAUGUAAGUCUAUGGGAAAAGUCUUUAUGGACCCAACGGCAUCACCUGAAGGACACGGAAGUUGUAGUACCGUCGUUUGGCCACUACGGGAGUUGGGCUCGACGACCUGCGCACUUCCUGAGGGCUUGGUGAUAACGGUCUCCUGCACUACGAAGCGAGUUCAUCAUCUCCAGGGUCUCUUCUGGUUAUCUGGCUUCACUUAACCUAACAGCAGAGAUCUCACUAAACUGAACUACGAAGCUGGUUAUCAACUCGAGCUUUAAGAUGCUUCCCCAGAGGACCGGACUGUCCCUUCAGUCUCCACUCAGACCCCUCAGUGUUUUGGUUUUCCAUCUUCUCCUAACACACUCUUGUAGAGGUCAGUCUCAGUUGAUUGGUCGACCUCAGCCAAUAGUAGCAUUAGUUGGCGAUGACAUCAUUUUGCCAUGCCAUCUGGAACCUGCAGUGGAUGUUGCUGCCAUGACGUUGGAGUGGACGAGACCCGACCUGAACUCUAUAGCUGUCUUUGCGUGGCGUGCUGGUCAGGACCUCGUACAUGUUAAAGAUCCAUCCUACACAGGAAGAACAUCACUGUUCACUGAUGGACUGAAGAACGGAAACAUUUCACUGAAACUCUCCAAAGUGAAACUUUCUGAUGAGGGGAGAUACCAAUGCUACGUUCCAGACCUGGAUAAAGAAUCUUUGGUUGAGCUUGUUGUUGCAUCAGGUUCUGUCUCCUCACCGGUCAUAACUUUAGCAGGGAUUGAUGAAGCCACCAGAGGAGUGAUGUUAGACUGCAGGUCUGAAGGCUGGUAUCCAGAGCCUGAGGUGUUGUGGCUGGACGGUGAGGGAAACCUCCUCUCUGCUGGACCUCCAGAGACAGUCAGAGGUCCUGAUGACCUCUAUACUGUCAGCAGCAGAGUGACUGUGGAGAAGAGACACAGCAACAGCUUCACCUGUAGAGUCCAACAGAAGAACACCAACCAGACCAGAGAGACACACUUCUCUAUUUCAAAUGAUUUCUUUAAGCUCCUGUCCAGUUCUUCUCCUGUCACAACUGGUUUGGCUGUUAGUUUGGCUGUUUGCAUCGUGUUGCUUCUCUUUGUUGUGUGGAAAUGGAGAAAAAACAUAAUCAGUAAGUUACACAUUUAUUAAUAAAAGUCAUUUUCACAGGUUUUAUGGAGAAUAGUGAUAUGAAUUUUGUAAAUUCAAUUUUAAUUGGAAAUGAAAAUGUCUGUAUUUUACAGGUUAUGGUGAUGAUAAAAAAUGUGAUGGCAUGUCUACUUUUAUUUCCCAUUAGGCCAAUUCAGUCUUCUUUUUAUAACCCAUUUUAUACUUCAUUUUAGACUCAAAUGUCUCUGUGAUUUCUUAAAAUGAACGUAAGUGCCUUUAACUCUCCUUCCUUUUUUUUUACACAAAGAGACAAAGAGAAACCUCCUGGAUCAAAGAGAGA